AUUCUCUCUCCAAAGCGCGUUGAUAUGAAAUAAAGAAAAUGUUCCGUGUUUUAUGCUUUUCAGGUUAAUUAGUUAACAGUUAUAUUGCACAAAAAUGUAUUACAUGAAUGGUUAAUCCUACAUUUAGCCUGUACUCCUCAUUUCGUGCUGUUUUAUUUAAUUAUUUUCACAAUGUCAGUGCUGCUAUCUAAGCAUCCUAACGCAAACGUUUAGCAGAUUUUACUUCUAUUGUCUGUUUAAUCUGACAUAUCCUAAGCUGAUAACUUAACCUCAAAAUUUACAGCGUACACUGACGCAGGCGCAGAUGCCGUUUUUUGAUUGAUAUAUAAGGCUGUGGCAGUACAAAGGAAACAUCUCAAGUAGUUUUUCUGGAGUCGCGGUGGCAGUGGUAUUUGAAAUAUGGCAGAGGUCAUUGAUUGUAAUUUUCCUGUGUGGGGCCUUUUACCUAAAAAAGAAACUGGUGUCACUCAAUUCCUUACCAAAUAUCCUGAAUAUGACGGCCGGGGAGUCAUUAUCGCAAUUUUUGAUUCAGGGAUUGAUCCUGGGGCUCCUGGUAUGCAGAUGACUUCGGAUGGAAAACCAAAAAUUAUUGAAAGGUACGACUGCAGUGGAGCCGGAGAUGUGGAUACAAGCAAAGUUGUACAAGCACCUGAUGGGUAUAUCAGUGGUAUAAGUGGUAGAAAAUUAAAGAUUCCUUCAAGUUGGGUAAAUCCUACUGGACAAUAUCACAUUGGAGUCAAAAAUCUGUAUUCAUUAUAUCCGGGAAAAUUAAGGGAAAGGGUAUUAAUGGAAAGAAAAAAACGUCUGUGGGAUAAUUGUCAAAAAUCUGCACUUGCAGAAGCAUCUAGACAACUACAAGAAUUUGAAGCAAAGAAUCCACAAUUAACAACUUUAAAAGACAGAUUACAAAAGGAGGAUCUUGAGGCGAGAGUUGAAAUUUUAAAUAAUAUUGAAAAAAAAUAUUCUGAUGUAGGACCUACUUAUGACUGUGUUGUUUUUCAUGAUGGACAAGUUUGGAGAGCAUGUAUUGAUACCUCUGAAGAAGGUAAUUUGGAAGCUGGUGUAUUUUUGGGAGAAUAUUCGAUGACAAGGGAAUACGCGCCCCUUAUACCGGAAGAUCAACUAAAUGUUAGUAUUAAUGUUCACGACGAUGGAAAUACAUUAGAAAUUGUUAGUUUAUGUUCAAGUCAUGGUACACAUGUAGCUUCGAUAGCCGCCGCAUACUUUCCCGAUAAUCCUGAAUUAAACGGUGUUGCUCCCGGUGCUCAAAUUAUUUCAUUAGGCGUUGGAGACAGCCGUAUUGGUACGAUGGAAACAGGAACCGCAGUUGUACGAGCAAUGAUACACGUAAUGAAACACAAAGAAAAGAUACAUGUGAUAAAUAUGAGUUAUGGAGAACAUGCUCAUUGGUCAAACUCAGGAAGAAUAGGAGAAUUAAUGAAUGAAGUUAUUGAUAAAUACGGUGUAACGUGGGUAGCGUCAGCUGGCAACCUUGGUCCGGCUUUAUGUACUAUUGGGACACCUCCGGAUAUUAAUACCAACAGUGUCAUUAGUGUUGGCGCUUAUGUUUCUCCUGAUAUGAUGGUAGCCGAAUAUUCUUUGCGAGAAAAGAUGCCAGGCAUGUCAUACACGUGGUCAUCUCGUGGUCCAAUGAUUGAUGGAGGAGCUGGAAUUACGGUAUGCGCGCCUGGUGGUGCUAUAACUAGUGUUCCAAAUUUUACGCUAAGAAAAAGUCAGCUUAUGAAUGGUACAAGUAUGGCUGCCCCACAUGUGACUGGAGCUAUUGCUGUUCUUAUAUCGGGACUUCUUGCCAAGAACUGCCCUUAUUCUCCAUACAACAUAAAAAGGGCUCUUGAAAAUACAGCUUUACAUAUACCAAAUUUAGACCCCUUUGCACAAGGCUCAGGAUUACUACAAGUUGAACGUGCAUUUGAUAAUCUUGUUACUUAUAGUAAUGUACCUGAAAGAGACGUAAGAUUUACUAUCAAUUGUGGUCCAAAUAAUGCUAAAGGAAUUCAUAUGAGAAGCGGUGUAAUUGAUCGACCUAAAGAUUACGCUAUUACCGUUGAACCUGUAUUCCUUAACAGCGAAAAUACUGACCCAGCUCUAAAAAUUGCCUUCAAUUUGAAAUUGACUUUGGUAUGCGAUGCAUCCUGGGUGCAUUUUCCAACACAUCUUGAUUUAAUGAAUAUGGUGCGAGCGUUUGCUAUCAAAGUAGAUGCUUUUAAUUUACCAGAAGGUGUUCACACAACUAAUGUUAGAGCUUAUGAUGUAACAGACAUUGCAAAAGGACCAGUCUUUCAAAUACCAGUGACUGUAGUACAACCACAACUACUGCCAAAAACUGCAAUCCUUCCAGAUUUAUCAUACUCAAGUGUUUUAUUUAAACCUAAUACACUGCGCCGACAUUUUAUUUUGGUUCCCGAAGAUGCAACAUGGGCAGUUAUUAGAUUAAAAAGUACGGAAAAAGAUAAAACUGGAAGAUUUGUGAUUCAUAGUGUUCAAUUGAAACCUCGCUUGUCUUGCAAAACUCUAGAAGUGAAUAAAUUAUUCACUGUAACAUCUCAGUCAGAAAUUAUUCAUCCAUUUGCUGUUCAGGGAGGAUUAAUCUUAGAAGUAGUUGUUGCAAAAUAUUGGGCAAAUAUAGGCGAUAUGCUAGUUGAUUAUUGCAUAGAAUUUCAUGGUAUUCACAUGAUAGAUGGAAGUCUUACGAUGCAAGCUGGAGAUGGAAUAAAUCGUUUAGAAGUACGAAGUUCUCUUAGAAACGAAGAAGUAGUUCCCAGUAUUUCUCUUAAAUCGUCUGUGCAGAUUUUGAAACCUACUGAUGCAAAGAUCGCUCCCUUACGGGAACGAGAUAUUAUUCCACCUUCACGACAAAUUUAUGAAUUACAAUUGACGUACACGUUUCAUUGUGCAAAAUCAACGGAGGUAACUCCAAAUGCUGCAUUACUCAGUGAUUUAUUGUACGAAAAUGAAUAUGAGAGCCAAAUGUGGAUGAUUUAUGAUAGUAACAAACAGCUUAUCUGCUGCGGAGAUGCGUAUCCAUGCAAAUAUGCUAACCAGAAAUUAGAAAAAGGGGAUUACACUUUGAAAAUACAUAUACGACAUGAAAAGAAGGAUUUACUUGAUAAAUUAACAGAAAUGCCAUUUUUGUUGAGUCACAAGUUAAGUAACCCAAUUACUCUAGAUGUUUAUGCCAGUCGAUCACAAGCCAUUAUUGGUGGCAAGAAAAUGAUAGCAGCUUCAGUUCCACCGGGUCAUAUCCUUCCAUUAUAUAUUGCUCCUCUGUCAAAUGAAAACAACGCCGAGAACAAAGCUUGCAGAAAUGCUACCUUAGGAAAUGGUAGCUACCUACAGGGUUCAUUGACCUUCUGCAAGGAUGAAAAUGGAAAAAAGGUGGAUUGCCACGCGUUUAAAUAUAUUCUGUCUGAACCAACUAAAAAGUUCAGUAGUAGUAGUAGCAGCAACAGCAACAGUACUCAUAGUAAUUCGACCAAAACUACGAAAUGGGACGAGUACAAUGAAGCUCUUAGAGAUUUCAAGUGCAACUGGCUUUCAAAAAUGGAACCCGGAGAAUAUGCAAACCUACUAUAUGGAGAAUUGAAGACUCUAUUUGCGGACCAUUUGCCUGUUCACACUGCCAUGCUAAUGUCGUUGGAUUCACCAGAAGCUCGUCGACAUGUACCACACGAUGAUAUCUCAGAAGAAUCUGUUUCUCUAGCAAACCAAAUCAUAAGCGUUGCUGACUUUAUGCUCACUAAUAUAGACCAGGACAAACUCUUAGCUUAUUAUGGAUUGAAGAGUGAUCAACGCGAUGACGCAGCCAAGAUUCGAACGAAUAUGGAAAGACAGAAGUUUAGCUUGAUAAAAGCCUUAGUAAAGAAGGGAUGUGCAUUGGCACGACUGUACAUACACAAUACUAAGAAAGAGACUGGAGCAGAACUCGAUCCUUAUGCACAUUUAUUAGAAAGUGUUACACAUCAUUGGCAAGAAGUACAGAAGUUUGCUGAACCAACUGACAUUAAGGUUAUUGCCCUUUCACUAUGGCAUGCUCAUAUUAAUAAUCAUUACGGUCGAUACUUGAAACUGUUAUUGCGUUAUUAUGAAGAACAUCCAGUAAAGGAAGUUGACGAAAAAUGUAUAGAAAUUGCAAGGAUCUUAGGAUGGGAACAUCUGUCACGCCACAUUACCACAAGUAUACCAGCACGUUAUCCACCUUCGUACAGAUCGUUUUGAUCACUGGUACGAUGAAAGAUCAGUUUGAUAUUCUAACAAGAAGAGACUAAUCAUGGAAAAACAGUUUCCAGUGCAGCUCUAUAAAGGCAGAGAUACUUCUGUCAAGCCAUUCAGAUGUAUUAUACAUUUAGGAAAAUAUAAUUUUAUUCGUAUUAAAAAAGAAAACACACGAAAAAAGUGACAUUAGAAUAAUAUUUUAAUUUUUGAGCAUAAGAAAAUAAAUCAUGUUUACAGAUAGACAUAUGAUUUGCUUUGUGGAAAUCGUAAAAUGAUCGAUCGGUGUUGGUUAGGUCACAGAAGAAACAUUAUGAGCAAUAACGUAAGAUAUGGUUUUAACACGUCGUAAACACGUUGCAAAUUUGUGCGCAUCAAGAAACAAAUUUAAGUGUGUGACAAUACGUGUAUAUGUAUUUGCACAGAAAAGAUGUUAAUUAUUUCAUCGAAAAUAUUGUUUUAUUAAUGCAUUUUUAUAGCGCUCGUCACAACAGUGAUGCGCCAAAGUGGAAACUGUACUCGAUUUAAAAAUUAAAAUCUUUAAGUAAUGAUGGAUUA